AUGGAUUUGCCGGAGGAAUACAUGGAACCUAUCCUUGAUGCCAUCAUGCCCAUACGUGAGGUAAAGUUGAUUCACAAAACAGCAAUAGAGAGCAGGCAGCAGCACAUGGAAGACUUCCCUUCUGCUAGUAUGAAUACGAUGCAUCUCUUGUUCAGUGGCAGUAGCGAAGAGGGAUUGUAUCUACCAGAUCUUUCCCUGGUGAGAAAACCACUGCACAGCUCCGAAUCAUCGAUGGUUUCUGCCGAUAAAGAUAUAAUGAUUGUUUGGGAAAACUGGCCGGUAAAUGAGAAACUUCGGAGAAAAGCCUUCGCUGUUUUGGAAGUGAAAGGCUCUCAUCCCGGCUACUGUCGGCUUCGCUUCAAUCCAGCGUUUUCCUCUUUGAGUCCUAGAACUGAACGGCAACCGGAACUUAGAUCAAUAGAACAUGGCGGGCUGGAUAAGAAUGGCUUCAUAUACAAUUCCAAGUUUGUCGCGACCAUGUCGAAGAAACUAAAGCUACAAAAGCAGGGAAUAUCAGUUUUCGAAGUUAUUGACCGUCCAGGGUACAAUCUUCGGACAAACCACUUGCUGCAUGGGCCAGCUUUCACGAGCAGUGUGGCUUGCUCUGGCGGCAACGACCUCUCUGUGGAUUACGUUCACUCACUCCACUGUCGCGAGUGGCCAGAGGUUGCCUCGGAAUGGAUACAUCGACACAGGCCAUCAGGGUGGCCCAGUCCGCGGCUGAUACGGGACAUUGCAAAACAGGGUUGCCAUGUUGUACCUGUUUCACAUCGGCGAAGCCAGCGGCCCAGCGUGGAAUGGCGGUUAUCUUUCUCAGAAGCGGAAGUGACGUUAGCGUUGACCUUGUCAUCAGUCCCUAGAAGGUGCUACAUCUUUCUAAAGCUGCUGCAUAUCUACAAAUUCAAAAGGCAUGGUGUGGCCUUGGUGACGUACUUUUUGAAAACCGCCCUAUUCUGGAUAUGUGAGAGCAUCAGUUUGUCGGAGUGGAAAGAGAUGAAAACAGUUGAAGGCAUUAAACGACUUUUGCAGUUCCUUCUUAACAGCUGCGAGGAACGCGCGUUACCAAAUUACUUCGCACCUCAGAACAACUUGUUCAGUGGGUUAGGCCUUGUGCAGAUGUCAAAGACAAAGGAAGCAAUCAGAGAAGUGCUAGCAAACCCAGUUCAAAAUCUCGUAGACCUUACACAGUUUUACAAUGCUUCCCAUAUGCCUGUAGAGCCGCUGAUUAGUGAGAUUGUUGGCUGCUGUUUGUCUCGUUUUCCCAGGCCAGUGAGCAGCAGUGAGCUCAGUAAAUUCCAGAGUUGUCUUCGCGGUCACGUCGUCAAUGGAUUACUCACACAGGGAGAUUCAACGUACGAAGCACUCGCGGUUGUCACUUCUUGCGAGGACAUUGAAAAACUCCCUUCUGCCACUGACUGCCUGGCUGCUUUUGAACGUUUUGUUGCAGUUGAAUCUGAUCUCGGUGGUAUUGACCUGAAGCUGCAGCUGGCUGUGAUUGCAUCAAUAUAUCAUAAUCUUGGCUGCUUGGCGUUACUGGAAAAUGACCAGGAAGCUCACAGUGGUUUUUGCCAGAAAGCCAAGAACUUGUUUGAGACGCUACUGAUACCUUCGGAUCCAAUUGACAUUCAUCAGAUCUGGAUGUUUGUGGACUACUGCAAUCUCUUGAGGUCCCUCAAAGAGUACGAUAAAGCUUUGCGAGUUGUUUAUGCAGUCAUGAAGGAACAGUCAAAUAAGAGGUACCCCAAUGUUUGUAACACUUAUGCCAACCAUAACAGCCACACAGGUGGUGACUAUUUCUCAUGGGAAGUUGAGCAUCUCGGAUCCGUCGACGUACUUUCAUUUGGAAACUUGAUGUAUGUGGCUGCAAUGUGUCAUGUUGACCGAGGACGAGAGCUUCGGGGAAACCGUCACACUGGUCAUAAAGGUGCCUGGAUCUUUGCCGGUUGGUUGGAAGAAUUUGUUCGCGAUAAAUGCAACCGAUUUCCAGCAAUAGGAGACGAGGCAAACAUCGCCAUGCUUGGAUUCUUGAUGAUGGAAAUGGAGGAACAUCAGAAAGCAAUCGAAAUGUUUAACUGGGCGUUAGAGGUCAACCCUUCCUCCCUUCAUGCGGAGGUGUACCGCGAUUUGGCCGCAGACGAGAUUAACAAAAAUCUCAAAAACAAAAAAGCUUGA